AUGUCGAUAUUCAUUUCUUAUUCAAUAAACACACUCCUACCGAAUCAUUCCACACCACUCUUUUCGCUUAUGAGGUCAGAAACUACAUCAGGGAUGUCAGUUUCUAGUGCCGCCGCUGCUGCGAUGGCCAAUUUGGCUUCUCGUAUCGCUGCUUUAGAAAAUGAAUUAGAAACGGGAGACAAAGACACGACUGAUAAUAUCGACCUUGAUGAUUAUAUGGAUUCUAAUUCCCAAAAGGAAAAAACGCAUCUUGAUGAAAAUAUUGAUUACUAUUCAGACCUUAGUUCUCCAUCAAAUGGUUCUUUAGAUAAUUUUUCUACUUCUACUUCGAUUACUUCGAUUUCUCGUCAUUCAGAUCUUACAAAAUCUGAUCAAAAUUAUUCUCAACCCUCGGGUGCACUUGGUCAUCUUAGUAGUAGUGGUUCAUCAAAUUAUACUUCUCGUACACCUUCUUAUGAUGUUAGUCAAAGUAAACAUAAUACUGUAUUGGAUGAAUCUUUGAAAGUUCAACUUGAGAAAAAACAUGCUGAAGAACUUGAAAAGGUUAGACAAGAAUUAGAAGAUACAAGAAAUAAACAUUGGAGUGAAUUACAAAAAUCUAAAAAUGAUCUUGCUGAACAAUAUAAAGAAAACGAACGUAUAAGACAAGAAUUAUUAUUAAAACAUGAAAAUGAAAAAGAUUUAUUAAAAAAAUCUCAUCAAGUUGAAAAAGAAAAAAUAAUAACUGAAUUAGCAACUAUUUCACAGCUGAAAAAACAGACGGAAAGUGAUAUUAAUAAGAUAAAAGAAUCUUUUGAAAAUGAAAAACAAUUAAUUCUUCAACAACAUAAGAAGGAAAAAGAAUCUUUAAUGUCUGAACAUUCUACAAGGUAUAGUAAUCUAUCAAAAUCACAUGAAGAUGUCGAAUCCAAAAUAAAUCAAUUAAUUAGUCAACAUGAAGCAGAAAAAAAAGAUUUAGAAAAUAAAUUAUUACUUGUACAUCGGUCUGAAAAAGAUAACCUUUUAGCUGAAAUAAAACAAAAUGAAGAAACUCAAUCUAAAUUAAAUGCUCUUCAAAUUGAACAUGAUCGUACUCUCAAAGAAUUGAAAGAACUUACAAUAAAUAAAGAUGAUGCUAAAAAAACCAUCUCUGAUCUUGAACGUAAAUUGAGUGAUAUGUCAAAUAUGGAGGUAACAUCUCAAGAGCUUCGUCAACAACUUGAUGAAGCAAAUAAUGAAUUAUCUAAUAUACGUCUCAAACUUUCAAGUCAAUUAAAUGAAAAGAAAAACUUAGAAUCUGAAUUAGAAAAUAUUCAAACUAAGUUGAAUGAUUCAAAUGAUAAAAUUAAAAAUUUGGAACUUCAAAUUGAAAUCAUUACGAAAGAAAAAGAAAAUAAUUCUUCAAAACAUGCCAAUGAAAUAUCAACGUUACGUAUUGAAUUUGACAAUUCUCUUAAAAGUGCAACUGAAAAACUUCAAAAAAAUCAUGAUGAAGAGAUGUCUGAAUUGCAUAAUAGCUUGGAAUCUGCUCACAAGACCGCUCUUGAAAGCCUUCGAGAACAAAUGUCUAUACAACGUGAAGAACAAAUUACUGCGCUUCAAGCAGAUCAUGAUCAAAGAAUUAAAUCUUUGAAAAAGGAACAUGAAGAAAAAACUAUGAAACUUGAAUCUUUGAAAAAAGGUCAUGAAGAAAAAACUACGGAACUUGAAUCUUUGAAAAAAGGUCAUGAAGAAAAAAUUACGGAACUUGAAUCUUUGAAAAAAGAACAUGAAGAAAAGAUUACAGAAUUUGAAUCUUUGAAAAAAGAGCAUGAAGAAAAGAUUACAGAAUUUGAAUCUUUGAAAAAAGAGCAUGAAGAAAAGAUUACAGAAUUUGAAUCUUUGAAAAAAGAACAUGAAAAAAAGAUUACAGAAUUUGAAUCUUUGAAAAAUGAAUAUGAAGAAAAGAUUGCAGAGUUGAUUAAUAAAAAUGAAUCUCUUCUCUCAGAAAAUGCACUUUGUAUUCGAGCGAUAGAAGAUGCUACCCGUCGUUAUGAUGAAUUGAACAAUAAACAUAUACAAUAUACUCAGGAAAACCUUGAAAUGUCAAGUGAUCUUAUCGAUCUUCGCAAAAAGAUAGAAGAACUGGAAAACAAGAACCUUUAUUUAGAGAAUGAUAAAAGUACAUUUUCUAAUGAAGUAGGCAAUAUAUCUCAGGAAAAAGAACAAAUAAUAGCAGACCUAAAUGCUGCAAAGGAUGAGAAACAACAAUUACACGAAGAAGGAUUAUCAUUAAAGAGUGAAUUAGAAGAAUUAAAGGGUGAGCGGGAUAAAUUGGCUGGUGUUAUUAAUAUUAUGAAGGAAGAAUGGGAAAAGGAAUAUCAAAAACUUAAAUCGGAAAAAGAACAAGCCGAGACUGAAUGGGAAAAACAAUAUCAAAAACUUAAGUCUGAGAAGGAACAAAUUGAAAUUGAACUUAAUCGAUUAAAAGAAAGUUCAAAUCAAGAGAAAGAAAUAAUUAAAAAUCGAGAAUCUGAAACACAAAGUGAACUUAAUCGACUGAAACGUGAGACGAAGGAGAUUAGCGAAAAACUCAAAGUUGUAGAGAACGAGAAGAAUACUUUAUCAAAAAUUUGCGAAGAACAUCAAGGCAAUAUGCAGACGCUCGAGAAGAACACUGCCAGUGAACGUCAAACUUGGAAGCAGAAAGAGAUGGUACUAUUUCAAAAAGAAACUGAAAUAAAGGAUUUACGUCAAGAAUUAGAAACUUUUAAUCAAAAGUUAUUGGAACUUAGUAAAGAAAAGGCUUUAACGGACAAUAAGGUUAUUACAUUAGAAGACGAAAAGAAGCGUAUUGAAGUUGAAUUGAACAAAAAAUUAGAUGAAAAUUCAAGGUUAUUAGAUCAAUUAUUUAAUAUGGGAAGCUCUUCACGUUCCGAUGGGGAAGAUGGCACAAGCUAUGAAGCUCUCAAAAUGAGAUUAGAUGAUGUCGAAAUUGAAUCAAGUAUGAAAGACUCUCAAAUAUGCGAACUAGAAAUCAUCAAACAGAAGUUGCAAACACGCAUUGAAGGUCUUGAAGCAUCAACUGCUCGUUUAACUGCCAAGUUACAAGAAGCUGGUGCUGAUUCCAAUCGAAUAAGAAAUCAAUUAACUAAUUCACACAUUGAAAUUGAAGAACUUCAUGCACACAUUACUAAACUCAAAGAGCAACUCAUUGGGACAAACCGUUCGGCUGGUACGCACAUAAAUAAUAAUGAUGCAAGUAAGUUGGCCGACGCUGAACAAACAAUCAAGUCAUUAGAAGAAGAAAUUGAACUAUACAAAAUUUCACAAAGUGAACUAGAACAGAAACUUUUAACACUCAACAAAAAAUUACAAGCAGCGGAUGAUGAACUACAUGCAAAUGUACGAACAUUUGAGCAAUUAGUUGAACAAGCAGAAAAAACCUUUCGAAAUAAAAUUGAAAAAAUGCAGAGAGAACACGCUCAAGAUAAAGAUCAACUUGUUCGGAAUCACCAGAACACUAUUGGUAUGUUUAAUAAACAAAAAGACGAAGAAAUUGCCCAAAUUAGCAAAACAAUGCAGAUGCGUGUGGAAGCUCUUGAAAAACGUUACAAGGAUAUGGCAGCCGCUGAAUUUAGUGACAAAUCCCAAUUGGAGAAUUCAUUCAAAUUAUCACAAUCAGAGUGUGCACGGUUAAAUGAGAAGCUUAUACAAUUACAAAUGGGAUAUAUAAAUGCGGUUAAUGAUAAAGAACAGUUGACAAAUGCAAAGCGUGAAGCUGAAAAGAAGAUCAAGGCCAUGGAGCUUGAGCUACAAGUGGUCAAAAAUGAAUCAAGUAAGAAAGACACUCAGUUACGAGACCUUUCCGCAAAAAAUAUGGAAUUAGUUGUUCAAAUGACUUCGAAAUGA